GUCACCUUUUAUGCUAACAAAACGCUCUCAUUUGCUGGAUGAUUUGGAGAUGUUGAAACUGGGCCAUGACAGUUAAAAAAAAAAAAAAGAUCAAAUUUCUGUAGAGGUGUUGGCAGAAUGUUAAUCUUUUGCAGUUACUUUUUUUAAAGUGCACGCAAGGUUUAGUCUUUUCUGUGCGCACGCGCCUUUGAUAAAUGAAACCAGAAAACGGAAUGUUACAAAAGUACACAGCAAAAAUUGGAGUGUUGAAAUUUCAGGGUUAAACAUUUCCGAGUUUAUUUUCACUCCCAGAGUGUUAUGUUAACACAUUCUGAUUUAAAUGGUGUUCAGUGUUGGAGUUAUUUGACAGAGUUGACUCUGCAGAGAUGUAAUUAAGCUCUGCCCAUGCAUUUCACUUCUUCGGUUGGAGACAGAGGAGACAAGUCGGCGCCAUUUUCUCCUUCCCAUGCAGUACUACACGGUAAGUGCAAUUAACUCAAACUUACUGAAACAAUUAUAAAUUGAUGCUGAGAAUUUCAGUAUGAACAAUGAAACAUCUACAGAGAAUAUAUGCCUAACAAAACCAUGUUUGUUGCCAGGACUGAGCAGCAAAUUUGUUCUGGUGAUUAGCUAGCUAGAAGUGUAUGGUAAGCUAGCUAACAGUUUGUUACUUAAACCGUCUCCAACUUUAUCAAUGAUGAUUUAAUAAAGGAAAAACAAAGCGUUAUGUUUUUUUACUGUAUAAAAUCUUGUUUGAGGCUGGAGUUAACGUCUUUUUUCCCCCCUUCACUUUGAACAUCAAAGGGGCUGCAAAAAACAUGUCCCAACAUGCAGACGGUGUUUCACGUGUUUAGUUGUCUGUGUGACCAGCGUACCACUGUAUUUGGUGACCCAUCAGAUUCUAUGACCUGCAGUGUUGGAAAAAGUACUCAGAUCAUUUAUUUAAGUAAAAGUAUAUAAGUAUUAUAAGUUAAUGGUACUGAAAUUACUAAGUUAAAGCUAAAGUACAAAAUUAGCAGAUUUAUUAAACAUUUAAGUGCAUCAUUAAAUAUUGAUGAGUCAAUGCAUAAGCAGCAUUUUAAUAUCUCAGUCACAGCGCGAUUUUCUGAUAAUGUGUACUUUUUCCAACAGUGCAGGUCACAUAAUCUGAUGGGUCACCAAAAAUGGUGUAACACUGUCGAUUUAGCUUUAAUAUUUACCGUUCUUCCUUUAAAUGUUUAUUUACUUUAUCAAACUUCCUUGCAUGUCUCAGUCAAAAUGCUGGUCCAGGUGAAGUACAGCCAACAGCAGAAAUAUGUGAAGCUGAAUGAGGAUGAAGGACGGUUUGACUUUAUGCAAUUCCAUGAAAACGGUUAGCAUGGCUUAGGAAAAAGGUUUUAAACCACACCCAUGUUCUUUUAAAAGCUCAUUGUGCAAGCUCCUUAAUGUUGUCGAUUCUGAUUUCUUUGCAUGCCUUUAUCAGACUCUUUUAUACGGUAAAUGGGGUUAAAUUGCUAAUCAUUUUCAGUUCUGUAAUGUGUGCUUCAUAGAGUGUAAAGUAUUAAUAUACACCAAAACAGUCAAUAAAAAAAGCCAAUCAUCCAUUUAUAAAUUUGGACUUAAGUGGGAAUGGGUUAUGUGAGGGAAAAUGCUCUAGGUCUAUUUAAGGAUUAUACAGUGGUGGAUGUAUGUAUUUAACGUGAACAGUUAUUGGCUGUGAGGCAAGAAACAGUGCUGACUUCAAAGGCACAUUCAGUUUGACCUUACUAUCUUUUCCAGUCAUCCAGAGAUUUUGCCUGCCACCUGAUGCAAAAGUUAUAUACAAGGAUGCAACAGGGACAGAAGUUGAUGCAGAAAUAUUCAGCGACCUCGUCGGACAAGGCAAUGUGGUGCUGACAGUAUUCUCAGAUCAGGAAUUCUCUGAUUUCUCCUUGUCUUCUGCUUCUGAGACGUCUGACUCAAGCUUCAGCUCAAGUGCAUCAACUAUAAUCCUAGAUGAUGUCCCUAGCAAGAGACAAAGAAUUGAGGAUACACAUGAUGCUGUGUCUGCUGAACAGGUUUCUUAAUGCUUUCUUUCUUAAUUUUUUUCACUCUGAGUCUCUAGAAAAGCUAUUUAUCACCAUGUUUUGUAUUCUGAUGUUUUUGUUUUUUAUUAGUUGAUUGAAGCUGUGCUAAGAGGCAAGUCUGGGGGUGAAGAAGUACUACAGGAGUACCAAACAACAGAAACCCUAACAGAUGCUGCAAGAAGAAAAAUGGUUAACAUCCUGGUGGCUCACAUGAUUGACAAUCAUGGGCACCGCCCCACUAAAGCAAUCAGAGAAGAUUAUGCACGUGGGAUAGUGAUGUUGUUCCCUUCCCUCAAGGAUCCAUACUCCAAGAAGGGCUAUGAACACUUCUAUGAUGCUGCAAGCAGCACAGGAUACAUUUCUUGGCGUCUGAAAACAGUCCAGAGGAAGAUUCGUCGAGGAUCUGCACUGCCACCAAAUAGCCCAAUUGACUUUUCUCCAGGGGGCCCAAAUUUCCAAAGGACUGUUAAUGUUGAAAGGCAGCUUGAUGGUGAUGCUUGCCAAGAGGCCAUGUCUUUGCUCAACCAUACCACAGACAAUUCCCUGAUUUUCCAGAAGAUGAGAGAGACCUUUCAGCACCGUCAGAAGCUCGUUAAUGACCCAGGCAGAAGUGUUGAUAUCCUCUCCAGCUUCCCAAGAUUCCUGGAUACAAAAGGAUUGGUGGACCAAGACUUCACUCUCCUAUUUGAUGACGACACAUCCUCCAGGCUUCUUCAGAAAUGGGAUUUGUUCUUCAAGCCAAAUGUCAUAAAAGAGGCUAAGCGGCUCACCUCAACACCAGAGUUGCGUCGCUUGGUGCAGUCAGCAGAAAGUCCCCCAGGAAGUGAUCUUGAUGAGGCAACAACCUACGACCAAGAAAUGGCUUCCCUGUUGUUACUGUUAAAUCUCCUUCCACCACCUCCAGGGGGACUGAAGUCUCCAAAAAUUAGUGCAUGUGAUGCAGUUGAGAGACUUGUUGUCUUUCAUAAGUCAUGCUGCAGUUUGGAGGAGCAUCUCCGCAACCAGCAGGGUCGGCAGCCGUACCUCCUCGCUGUUGGGCGUCAGAAGAGCAAGAUUGAGAGCUUCUACAUCACAAUGGAUAAGCGUCUCAUCCCAUGCAAGGCAAACCGCUCCCUCGGGGCAUGUGAUGAACUUUUCAAAGAACAUUUUUUAAUUUGUCUUACGAUGUGGCAUUUGUGAAUUUUUACACAUUCCUGCAGACAACAGUGUAUAACAUUGAUGUGGGGAAAAUGAAGGAGUCACCCAGAGUUAAAGAUUUGAGAGUGAGACUGCUUAACCAGCCAGUAGCACUCUCACCCUGUGAGUAAGAAGCUAUAACAAUGUUGACCUGUUUCAUGUGUCAGAAAUAUUAUCCCAGCAGUCAACAGUUGAGUUCACAUUUAAGAGUUGAACAUGGUUACUAUCCUGGACCCAAGUUCAAAUUGUUUUGUUCUCAGCAAGGCUGUAAGCAUCAGUUCCUAACAUAUACAGGUUUUCGGAAGCACCUUAAUAGUGUUCAUAGUAAUGUUCAGCAAAUUUCUCAAACUUCAACUGUUGCAUGUUCAUCUAGUGAGCCAGUUGCAACUACAUCUCAAGGACACAUGCUUUGGAGGACACAUUUAAUCCACAAAAUCAAUGUAGCUCUUCCAGUGUUUAUUCUGAGAGCAAUGAUUCAGGACUUACUAAAGAUCCAACUAAAGAAAUGUGUGCAUCCAUCGUGGCCAAAUUACAGGGGAGUGGGAUUUCCAAUUGUAGGAGAUUUGGAAGAACUAACAAGUGAGAUUCGCUCACAAGCAAAGCAUACAGCUAUAUCUGCUUUACCUAUAACUGACCCCAACAUAUCUGUGAUAAAUGAAUCUUUUGAAGAUUAUGAAAACCUGUUCACAAAUCUAAAUACAGAAUGGAAACAAAAUAAAUACUUCCACCAAAAAUGGGGAGUUGUCGAGCCAGUAGAAAUAACACUGGGAGUGAGAUAUGACAACAGGCGAAAUCAGAAAUCCGGUAUUUAUGAUCAAGUACCUGUGAAGGAUACUUUUAUAUAUGUGCCGAUUUUAGAAACAUUGAAGUUCAUGUGCAGAAAUCCAGACAUUUGUGUUUUGCUAAAGAAAGAGUGUAGAUCAGAGCCUGACACUUAUACAAAUCCAACUAUACUAUGAUGAUUUUGAAACAGCCAAUCCCCUUGGCUCCAAACGUGGAAUUCACAAAAUUGGCUCUCUUUAUUUUGUUGUAAGAAACGUUCCCCAAAAAUGUAAUUCGGUUUUGAUGAACAUUCAUUUGGAAACACUUUUUCACACACAAGUAUGGUUUUAAUGUUAUACUAGAACCGUUGAUAAAUGAUUUGAAAAAACUAGAAAGCCAAGGGCUAAGUCUUCCAUUUUCAGAUGAGCAGGUACAGUGGGGAAAAAAAGUAUUUAGUCAGCCACCAAUUGUGCAAG